AUGAAAUUUACAACUAAAUAAAAAAAAUUGAUUCUCUUCAUUUCAAAUUCACAUUCAGAUCUCAAAGAAAGAGAUUGAUUUGCUGAAGAAGGCCUUGGAUAAGGAAACUGGGUCAGCUGUUAUUUCUGGUGUUGCCGAAAAUGCUGAUCCUAGUACAGCUGUUCGCUUUCCUCUGAUGCUGAUGUUAUUAAGAAAAUUUUACUGUUUCUCUCAAUUUAAUGUAUACCUAUCUCUUUCUUUUGCAUGGAGGCAACUACUUUCUCAUGCAUCCAUGUUGAAACACUUUUCUAUUAAGGGUAUUUAUAUUAGGCCGUCGUUAACUAAGGCUGAACGUGAUUGUUUAUGGGCCUUAAGAGCUACUAGGCCUAAUGCUGUAAAUCCCAAUCCUCCAAUUGUUCAAAAAUCGUAUGCCACUCCUACUGAUGAUCAUUCCGUCAAUAUUUCCUCUCCAUCCGAAGAUGUUCCGAGUAAUGUUAUUGCUUCAGAUGAUAAUCAAACUUCGUUAAACAAUUAA